AUGCCCAGCCCCUCCGUCGCGCCAGUACUAACCUCUGUUCAGCCCGUUGCAAAGGCUUGCGCGCCGUGCUACUACCAGAAAUCAAAAUGCACCUUCUCAGAAGGUAACCCGCAAUGCGACCGCUGUCUCAUGAACGGCCGGGAUUGCGUCUUUGUACGCCCCGUGCCUCGCUCCGCCGUCAAGGGGCGCUCCAAGGUCGCCAUUCGGAGCAAGAUCAUGGGCCUCAGCGGCAAUGGCAACGCACCAUGUCCGACAUCUAUUCCUAGAAAGCCCAGUAUAGCAUCGACGACAACGACGACGACAACAACGACAACGUCGCCGACGAUACCGAGUACGUUACCGACAUCGGCAGUCGCCCGUAUGGGCCCGGCGCCGUUCCCGAAACAACUUCGAAAAUCCAAUGUAGCGUCCCUCUCGAACCGCGUAGGAAGCCCGCCCGAUGACGCCUCCUCUGACUCUUCGUCCGACUCUGCUUCCAGCCCGCCGUCCAAGAUUCUCGAUUCCCUCAGUCCCUUCGGCAGCACGCUGGGCCGCCUGGACCACGUAGAGAGGAACUCGUUAUCACGGCUGUUACACAAGGCCAACUUUAUGCAGUACUUCAUUGGGCCGACAUUCGUGGACAGCAUGCAGCUCGACAUGACGGUGCACCUGUUCUCGAUGUUCGACCAGGGCAAGGACGCCUACAUUGCGAUGUACAGUGCCUUCGCUGCGACGAUGGGCUUGGAGACAGGCGAGUACGAUCCGGAGGCGAAUCUCCACCGAGGAGCGAUGGCUGUCGAGCAGCUCAGGUCAUGUCCGCUGCCCACACUCAAGCGAGAGGAAUUACUGCCGUGGGCCGGUCUGGGGCUGGGCAUCGUCUACUUCUCCAACAUGGCCCUCGGCACAAGUGCGGCGCCCGUCCGCAGAUACGUCCUCAGCCACAUCCGUCAUCUCCUCGGCACAUCCUUGAUCUCGAGCGAACGGACACACUACAUCCUGGUGUUCAUGACGGCCGUGGACAUCAACGAAUGUUUGAUGCAGCGCGAGCUCCCGGUAUGCGGCAUUGCGCCCCCAGCGGAGGGCCACGUCGACGCGUAUUUGGGUGUUUCCAUGCCACUAUUACAGCACAUGUAUGAACUGAGCAGGAUCAGCUACAGCCUCUACCACGAGGUCGACGUCGAUGAUCAGAAGCAGGCGCUGGACGAUGUGGAGCAGGAGAUCGAGGCGUGGCAACCGCAUAUCCCACCGGAUUUUACGAAUAGGUUCACCACCGGCGAGGUCAUCCACAUGCUGGCCCAAAGCCGUAUAUACAAGACGGCCGCGCUUCUCUUCAUCCACCGACUGAGAUACAAGUUUGGCGAGAAGGACGACAUGGCCUCGGCCAUGGCCAAGAGCAUCAUGUCCGACCUGAAGAUGACGUUGACCGUGUCGCAAGACACGCAGCGCUGCGCCAGCUUCCCCUAUACCCUCGCAGCCAUCGAGGCCCGGGACACGGGUGAGAAGGCUGUGGCGAUGGAGGCCAUGAAGUGCCUAAUCGACAGCAGCAACACCAAGUACCGGAACAACAUGGAGGCUUUCCUCAAGGCCAUGUGGGAUACCAGAGACGCCAACCCCGGCACUUCCUGGCUGGACCACGUGCCGAACCUCCCACCGAUAUCGGUGGGCGUAUGA